AGUGAAUCAUGUUUAAUGGCUUAGAACAACGUGUAAGCUCAACUAAUUAUGGCUUAUUUAACAAACUGUGGCUUGGCUUGAUGCAUGAAUCCAGACAAUAAGUUUUCAAGGUGAUGAAAGGAAUCUGUGUUAUAUCAAGUGUCAGGGAAAGUUUUACUCAACGCUGAAAAGCUAAUUUCAGUUGUGGAUGGCCUACCAUAUAACAAUAUUUAAUUGAAAUGAUACCCUAUACAGCCCUAUUAACAAUCAUAAUGCUGCUUAUAUGGUAAGUCAAAUCAAAUUUGAUUCAUGAUGGCUUCAUGGACAUUGACAUUUAUUUGGGCAACAGUAUGGAAGUAGCUUGACACUGCUUUCUUCUGGGAUUUUUUUCAAUUACCUAAUCUACCUUACAGUCCUGAUAUUCCUUGGCAGCCUCCCAUCCAGAUACUAACCAGACCUUAUCAUGCUUAGAUUCUGAGCCCAAACAAGGUUGGCCAGUUGCUGAGAGGUAGAUAUCUGGACUACCUAUAGGUAUAGAAGAUUGUAUCCAAAUACCAUGAGUGAGCUACAGAGAUUCUAAUAAUUCGUGUCAUAUUUUCAUACAAACAUGCAUUACUCUAGAUUGGAUUUCUUCUUGUACUUAUGGCAUAAAGCCCCCUUACUGUAAUUACAUUGUUCAAUAAUGUUAUCAUUUCUCAAUACAUGUUUUAAAUUUAAUAAGGGUGAUGGACUGAAGUCACAUUGCUUUAUGCUCCUUUUGAACUUACCAGCAUUUUUGUCUUUUCAAAAUAUAUUUCAAAUAUUUUUUUCUAAUGGUAGUUUCAAUAUUUGCUGUCCUCUCCUGAGAUCCUCAGCUUUGUCUUUCCUUCAGCCUAUACAUCAUCAAGAAAAACUGGAGCCCUGGUUGAACAUAAUGGUGCACUAUAUUUUAACUUUAAUAAAACCACACUAUUUUACAAAGCAGGAUCCAUGAGCAGGAUCCAUUGUUUCAAGUAGGAAGAAAAGUACCUAAAUCAUCUGUGUCUCUAAAGGUUGAGAUAUUGUAUCUUGCUGGCCUGCCAAACUCUAGAUAAAUGGAUCCCAGAAUACAUUUUUGAUCUGGUGAAGGGAACAGUCACAUCAACUAAUAUUUGGAACUGUCAAGAGAUUUAGAAAGUGACUAUCUCACUCUUUUCCUGGCAUUGCAAAAUGGAUGUUUUCUCUUCAGCAAAUGAUGCAUUGAGGGAACAGAUUCUUUAAAUUGAGCUGACAGGUGGGCAUUGUAAGAGGUUGAGGGAUUCUUCUGUCCUUCUAGUGUGAUCUGGAUGGGUGCAUCUGAAGUUUGGACUUAAUCUACUACAUAGAGGAGCCACCUCCUCAACAGUUUUGGGACUCUUCCUUUUGUCAGGGGAAAGCAGGAAUACAUGGAGGCCCCCGCGUCUCUGCAGGACUGACCAAAAUGACUGAGUGACUCUUGGGCUCGCUUCCUUCUCCUGAUCCUCCAGGAAACUGCAGCUUUCAGCCACGCUAGGAAGGAACAGGGCGGAAAGAAGAGCGCGCCUUGGUCAGGAAUGUUUACCCUUGCAGAAGUUGCAUCUCUGAAUGACAUUCAGCCAACUUACCGUAUUCUGAAACCAUGGUGGGAUGUUUUUAUGGACUAUCUGGCAGUUGUAAUGCUAAUGGUUGCCAUUUUUGCUGGAACCAUGCAGUUGACCAAAGAUCAGGUGGUUUGUUUGCCUGUGUUACAGUCUGCUGUAAGCGCAAAAAUGCAGCCCAGCCCCUUGGGAAGUGCCAAAGCUACAAAUAUCCCAGAAUCCGAAACACCAGCUAUUCAAGACAAAGACAAACAGGCAGCUACAACUGUAUCUUUUGACAGGACACCUGUCACUACACCUGAUAUACCUCUGAGUAGAACUGCCUAUCCACCAUUACAUUCAACUGUUGCAAGUCAGGAAGUAAAGAAGGAGCAGAAAGAUUUUCUGGGCCGCAAAACUAACUUGGAUUAUCAGCAAUAUGUUUUCAUUAACCAGAUGUGUUAUCACUUGGCUCUUCCUUGGUAUUCGAAGUACUUUCCCUACUUAGCUCUUAUACAUACAAUUAUUUUAAUGGUCAGUAGCAAUUUUUGGUUUAAAUAUCCAAAAACUUGCUCAAAGAUUGAGCAUUUUGUCUCUAUUUUAGGAAAAUGCUUUGAAUCUCCUUGGACUACAAAAGCAUUGUCUGAAACAGCAUGUGAGGACUCUGAGGAGAAUAAACAGAGACUAACUGGGGCCCAGUCUCUGCCAAAGCAUGUAUCAACUAGUAGUGAUGAAGGAAGUCCAAAUGCCAGUACCCCCAUGAUAAGCAAAACUGGUUUCAAGUUUUCAGCAGAAAAGCCAGUUAUUGAGGUCCCAAGUAUGACUAUUUUGGACAAAAAAGAUGGAGAGCAAGCCAAAGCACUCUUUGAAAAAGUACGGAAGUUUCGAGCCCAUGUCGAGGAUAGUGAUUUGAUUUAUAAGCUCUAUGUUGUCCAGACUGUCAUCAAAACUGUAAAAUUCAUAUUUAUUCUCUGCUACACAGCAAAUUUUGUCAAUGAAAUCAGUUUUCAGCAUAUUUGCAUGCCCAAAGUGGAACAUCUGACUGGCUACCAGGAAUUUGAAUGCACACACAAUAUGGCUUAUAUGUUAAAAAAGUUGCUUAUUAGUUACAUUUCUCUCAUCUGUGUCUAUGGUUUUGUCUGUUUAUACACCCUCUUCUGGUUGUUUCGGUUACCCCUGAAGGAAUACUCCUUCGAAAAAGUUAGAGAAGAGAGCAGUUUCAGCGAUAUUCCAGAUGUUAAAAAUGAUUUUGCUUUUCUCUUGCACAUGGUUGAUCAGUACGAUCAGCUGUACUCCAAGAGGUUUGGUGUAUUUUUGUCAGAGGUCAGUGAAAAUAAACUGAGGGAAAUAAGUUUGAACCACGAAUGGACUUUUGAAAAGUUGAGGCAACAUGUUUCUCGUAAUGCUCAGGAUAAGCAAGAGUUGCAUCUUUUCAUGUUAUCAGGCGUCCCAGAUGCAGUUUUUGAUCUGACAGACUUGGAUGUGUUGAAACUUGAGCUGAUUCCUGAAGCAAAAAUCCCAGCUAAAAUAUCCCAGAUGACUAACCUUCAAGAGCUACAUCUCUAUCACUGCCCUGCAAAGGUGGAGCAGACAGCCUUCAGUUUUCUUCGUGACCACCUGAGAUGCCUGCAUGUGAAAUUUACUGAUGUUGCAGAGAUACCAGCUUGGGUAUACUUACUUAAAAAUCUUCGAGAGUUGUACUUGGUAGGCAAUUUGAAUUCUGAAAAUAAUAAAAUGAUAGGACUUGAAUCACUUAGAGAAUUAAGGCACCUUAAGAUUCUCUAUGUGAAAAGCAAUCUGACCAAAAUUCCAUCUAACAUCACAGAUGUAGCACCACAUCUAACCAAGUUGGUAAUUCAUAAUGAUGGUACCAAGCUUUUUGUACUGAAUAGCCUUAAGAAAAUGAUGAAUGUAGCAGAAUUAGAGCUGCAGAACUGUGAAUUGGAACGUAUUCCCCAUGCCAUUUUCAGUCUCACUAACUUGCAGGAACUAGACUUAAAGUCAAAUAGCAUACGCACAAUUGAAGAAGUCAUCAGCUUCCAACAUUUAAAAAGAUUGACUUGUCUGAAAUUGUGGCACAAUAAGAUAGUUAACAUUCCUCCUUCUAUUACCCAUGUUAAAAACUUGGAGUCACUUUACCUCUCCAAUAAUAAACUCGAAUCCUUACCCGUUGCAGUAUUCAGUUUACAGAAACUCAGAUGCUUAGAUGUAAGCUACAACUCCAUUGCAGUGAUUCCUGUGGAAAUAGGGUUGCUUCAAAAUCUUCAGCAUUUGCAUAUCACAGGAAAUAAAGUGGAUAUUUUGCCAAAACAGCUGUUUAAGUGCUCCAAGUUGAGAACUUUGAGUUUGGGACAAAAUUGUAUCACCUCAAUUCCAGAAAAAAUUGGUCAGCUGUUGCAACUAACUAACCUAGAGCUGAAGGGGAACUGUUUAGACCGUCUACCAGCUACAUUGGGGCAGUGUCGGCUUCUCAGGAAAAGUGGACUCAUUGUAGAAGAUCAUCUUUUUGAUACAUUGCCCUCAGAAGUUAAAGAAGCAUUGAAUCAAGAUACAAACAUUCCCUUUGCUAAUGGGAUUUAAACAGAGCUCGAACUUAGUGACCAAUAUAGAUCAUAUUAAAGAACACAUUGUAAUAAAAUGCUGUGUUGAGAAUUUGGAACUCUUUUUUUUUGUAAGAAAGGACUGUUAAGGCUGGUAGAAGCUCGUUCGGUGUUUGUAGUAUUUUUAAACAUUUCCAAAAUUUUUGGAAGGCAAAGAAGAAGGGGUAGGGAAUCCUUAAACAAUCUUGAUUUUUUUUUUCCUUUUAAGAUGUUUGUAACAUGGAUGCUGCCGCUUUUGAAUGUUUACAAAUUGCUUGCCUGCUUAAUGUACAUGAUUAAAUUGGUGACUUUUUCUUACUAUAAAUAAUUUUAAAUGGCUCUGUUCAUUUUAGAGUUGUUUUAGAGGCCAUAGUUUUCUUUACUUUAUAAAAUUGGAAUGAUAUUAAAGCAAGUACUAUUGCUAUUGAUCAGCAAGAAAAAUCUAUAGAUACAUCCAAUAGUAAGUAAUCCAAUAUAGUUUUCAUCUGCCCUGCAA